AUGCCUCACGCUGAGAACGAAGGCACUGAAUCUACGGAGCCCAAGAAGCUCAUCCUAUGCUUUGACGGCACGGGAAACACGUUCAGUGGCUCCAAUGCUGAUACCAAUGUUGUCAAGAUCCUUCGGAAGUUGGAUCGAAACAACAAGAACCAGUUCCACUACUACCAGACUGGAAUUGGUACAUACGAUAUCAAUGAGACGUCUGUGAACAAGGGCAUCUUUGGUGAAUUUGGGAGUAACAUCUCAAAGACGAUCGAUCAAGGCUUUGGCACCACUUUUGACGCUCAUGUCAUUGCUGGCUAUCGCUUUCUCAUGCGAUACUAUGAAACUAACGCAAAGAUCUACGUCUUUGGCUUCAGCCGAGGGGCCUACACAGCCAAGUUCCUCGCCAGAAUGGUCAACAAGGUCGGUCUUCUCUGCAAAGGCAACGAGGAAAUGGUCCCGUUCGCCUACCGUCUCUAUCAGCGAUACCUUCAAGGCGAGAUAAAAGACAACGAGCAUGCGCAGUGCACUUCCAAGCACGGCAGCUCAGAGACAGACGCUCCCGCCGACACGACACAGCUCCUUGGCACAAAGCCUGAAGAUGUCAGUGAAGAGACGCAGGAUGCCUCCAACGAGAUUGAGGCAUUCAGUCAGACAUUCUGUCGCAAGGAGACGAACCGCGCCGGUGAAGAGGAGAACAUCAAGGUGUUCUUCCUCGGAAUCUGGGACUGCGUUGCUUCAGUUGCUGUUCUCGAGCGCAAAGCGAAGAUGCCCGUUCCUGUAACGGGUACAGCGACUCAUGUCCGUCACGCUGUAGCCGUUGACGAGCGUCGCGUCAAGUUCAAGCCCGCUCUGUUGGCGCAGGACAUCAGAGCCGCAGUGCACAGCCACGAUGAUGAAGAGGACAUCAAGGAAGUCUGGUUCCCAGGCAACCACGGCGACGUCGGCGGCGGAUGGCCCGCGCAGCCUGAUGAGCAGGAAGAUGAAGCUGAGAAGCCAUCUUUCUGGGGUAGGAUCAAGAACGCGUGGCUGACGAGAAAAGCUGGCAAGGCGAGUCAGAACCUGAACAAGGAUAGGUUCCAGAUGAGCGACAUUCCACUUGAGUGGAUGAUUCGCGAGGUCAAGAAGUGCGGCGAGAUGGACAAGUCGCUGCAGGCGGGAGUGCAUUGGUGCCAUAGCCUCAAGCCAUUUGAGAAGAGUAUGGAAGAUGCUGCCAAGCGAAGAGAAGCGACGCAUGGAUUCAUGCACGACUGUCUCGCUUUUGGCUACGGAACGGCCUUCUUCAAAGUCCUCAUGUGGAAGUUCAUGGAAUGGCUCCCUUUCCUAACGCGCUGGGAACUCGACGACACGACAGAUGCCAACGUCAAGCUCCUCGGCUGGAAGCCCGUGACAUUCCCUCCCAACAAAGGUUCGUACCGUGAUAUUCCUCGCGGCGCAGUCCUGCACCAAUCUCUUCUGGACCGGUUGCAGGAGUUCUCGAGCUACACGCCCGGAAACAACCACGGCGACAAGUCGAAUGCCUGUUUCAAGGGCCGUAACAAGGCUUUGGUGUAUAAUGAAAAGGAGAUUGAGGGUUUGUCGGAGGAUGCGAAGGCGCACAAGUUGAGUGAAGCGCACUUCAAGAUCCAUUCCGAGGGGACUACGUUGAUCUGGGAGGAUGACAAGAGACAUCAGACGUAUGACUUUAAUCCUCAUUUCAAGGGCGCUCUGCAUCCUGCAAUUGUUCAGUAG